CCUGUUUUACGGUUGAAGUUGCUCUGGUCUCAGUAUUGGUAAUUAAGAAUGCAGAAAUUUGAUGAUGCCCAAAUUAAAGUUCUCUUUUGUACCUGUGUUCUUAUCUCUACUCACCACAUUGCCUUAAGCUUAAAUUUAGAAAUUGACACUGGAGCUCAUCACUUAAGUAUUCAAAAGCAGAACUCACAGACAAAAAAAUAUGAAAUGUUUGUAGCCGUAAUAAAGCACCAUAUCUCAGUGUACAGCAUGAAAUGUUCUUUGACCGUAAACCAGACCUUGGGGUGAAGAAGACAGGGUCAAGCAGUGCCUGCUCUUGUACACUCGCAUGUGUACCUUCAUUUCUGCUCUGGCACAGGACCUGGGACAUAGUGUUAAAAGAGAUAUUGAGAAGCUUUAUGAAGCAGUACCACAGCUUAGUAAUGUGUUUAAGAUUAAGGACAAAAUUGGAGAAGGCACUUUCAGCUCUGUUUAUUUGGCCACAGCACAGUUACAAGUAGGACCUGAAGAGAAAAUUGCUCUAAAACACUUGAUUCCAACAAGUCAUCCUAUAAGAAUUGCAGCUGAACUUCAGUGCCUAACGGUGGCUGGGGGGCAAGAUAACGUCAUGGGAGUUAAAUACUGCUUUAGGAAGAAUGAUCAUGUAGUUAUUGCUAUGCCAUAUCUGGAGCAUGAGUCGUUUUUGGACAUUUUGAAUUCUCUUUCCUUUCAAGAAGUACGGGAAUAUAUGUUUAAUCUGUUCAAAGCUUUGAAACGCAUUCAUCAGUUUGGUAUUGUUCACCGUGAUGUUAAGCCCAGCAAUUUUUUAUAUAAUAGGCGCUUGAAAAAGUAUGCCUUGGUAGACUUUGGUUUGGCCCAAGGAACCCAUGAUACGAAAAUAGAGCUUCUUAAAUUUGUCCAGUCUGAAGCUCAGCAGGAAAGGUGUUCACAAAACAAAUCCCACAUAAUCACAGGAAACAAGAUUCCAUUGAGUGGCCCAGUACCUAAGGAGCUGGAUCAGCAGUCCACCACAAAAGCUUCUGUUAAAAGACCCUACACAAAUGCACAAAGUCAGAUUAAACAAGGAAAAGACGGAAAGGAGGGAUCUGUAGGCCUUUCUGUCCAGCGCUCUGUUUUUGGAGAAAGAAAUUUCAAUAUACACAGCUCCAUUUCACAUGAGAGCCCUGCAGUGAAACUCAUGAAGCAGUCAAAGACUGUGGAUGUACUGUCUAGAAAGUUAGCAACAAAAAAGAAGGCUAUUUCUACAAAAGUUAUGAAUAGUGGUGUGAUGAGGAAAACUGCCAGUUCUUGCCCAGCUAGCCUGACCUGUGACUGCUAUGCAACAGAUAAAGUUUGUAGUAUUUGCCUUUCAAGGCGUCAGCAGGUUGCCCCUAGGGCAGGUACACCAGGAUUCAGAGCACCAGAGGUCUUGACAAAGUGCCCCAAUCAAACUACAGCAAUUGACAUGUGGUCUGCAGGUGUCAUAUUUCUUUCUUUGCUUAGUGGACGAUAUCCAUUUUAUAAAGCAAGUGAUGAUUUAACUGCUUUGGCCCAAAUUAUGACAAUUAGGGGAUCCAGAGAAACUAUCCAAGCUGCUAAAACUUUUGGGAAAUCAAUAUUAUGUAGCAAAGAAGUUCCAGCACAAGACUUGAGAAAACUCUGUGAGAGACUCAGGGGUAUGGAUUCUAACACUCCCAAGUUAACAAGUGAUGUACAAGGGCAUGCUUCUCAUCAACCAACUAUUUCAGAGAAGACUGACCAUAAAGCUUCUUGCCUCAUACAAACACCUCCAGGACAAUACUCAGGGAAUUCAUUUAAAAAGGGGGAUAGUAAUAGCUGUGAGCAUUGUUUUGAUGAGUAUAAUACCAAUUUAGAAGGCUGGAAUGAGGUACCCAAUGAAGCUUAUGACCUGCUUGAUAAACUUCUAGAUCUAAAUCCAGCUUCAAGAAUAACAGCAGAAGAAGCUUUGUUGCAUCCAUUUUUUAAAGAUAUGAGUUUGUGAUAAUGGGUCUUCAUUUAAUGUUUACUGUUAUGAGGUAGAAUAAAAAAGAAUACUUUGUAAUAGCCAUAAGUUCUUGUUUAGAGACCAGAGCAGGAUUAAUAAUUUAUUUUAACAUUUUAGCGUUUGGUGGCACAUUCUAAAAUGUAGAUUAAGAAUACUUAAAAUGCCUGGGAUAGUUCUUGGGACUAACAACAUGAUCUUUGAGUUAAAACUACCUAAGUAGAUUUUAGGUGAGUUCCUAUUAGGUCAGAUUUUUAGUUUCCCUAAUUACCUUUCACUGACAUAUGCAGAAAAAGGAGCAGUUUUAGUUUUAAUUAAUUAAAAUUAACGGAUGUGAUGAGGAUUAAAUGAAUCAAAAGACUUAAUUUGUAGAUUCUUUUAGAGUUAUGAGCUAGGUAUAGUUUGGGGAAACUCAACCUGGUGCUGGUGCUCUAACAAUUUUGUAAGUAAAGAAGAUAAUUUCCUUUUUUAGAGGUAUAUAUUAGGCCUUUCAUGAACACUAAAAUGAGGAAAUGGUCAUGGGGCAAAGUAUCACUUAAAAUUGAAUUUAUCCAUUUUUAAAAAACACUUCAUGAAAGCAUUUUAGUGUGAAUUGCCAUUUUUUCUUAAUGGCUUCUCGAUUUUCUUCCUUCUCUGCCCCUACCUAAAACAUUCUCCUUGGAAAUUACAUGGUGCUGACCACAGAGUUUCUGGAUGUUUUAUUAAAUAUUGCAUGUGUUUACAGUUGGGAAUUUAAAAUAAUACAUACACUGGUUGAUAAAGGGAAGCUGCAGGACCAAGGUAAAGAUUGAUAGUCCAAAUGCUUUUCUUUUUUGAGUUGUAUAUUUUUUCACACCAUCUUAGAUAUAAUUAGGUAGCUGCUGAAAGGAAAAGUGAAUACAGAAUUGACAGUAUUAUUGGAGAUUUUUCCUCUGCGUAGAGCCAUCCAGAUCACUGUAUCCUGUUUUGACUAAGUCUUAGGUGGGUUGGGAAGAUAGUGAAGUAGGCAAAGAGAAAAGGACCCAAGAUAGAGGUUUAUAUUCAGAAAUGAUAUAUAUCAAUGACAGCAUAUCAAACUUCCUAUGGGAAAAAGUCUAGUGGGUGGGUCAGCUGACAGAUUUCCCAUUUAGUAGUCAUAGAAUACAGAAAUAGUUUAGGGACAUACAUUCAUUUUGUUAUUUUGAGCAUUGAUAGGUCAGUAUAUCUACCUAAUCUGUUUGGUAAGGAUAGGAUGUAUCUAUAUAAACCAUUACCAUUGAUCUGCUCUGUCUUAUACCAUAAUCUUAAAAAAAAAUUGAAUGCUCUUGAAUUUGUAUAUUUAAUAAAGUUAUCCUUUUA